AUGUCGUCCGAGGAUGCUAAAGAAGAAUCAAGAUCUUUGGCUUUGACUCCAACAUGGUCUGUGGCUACAGUCUUGACCAUCUUUGUUGUUGUUUCCUUGCUUGUUGAGCGAUCAAUUCAUCGUUUAAGCAAUUGGUUGAAGAAAACAAAUCGCAAGCCAUUGCUUGCUGCGGUGGAGAAAAUGAAAGAAGAGUUGAUGCUUCUUGGCUUCAUAUCUCUCCUUCUUACAGCCACGUCUAGCAUUAUAUCGAAUAUUUGUAUCCCAUCAAAGUAUUAUAAUAGUGCAUUUGCUCCAUGCACCGGGUCUGAGGUUGACGAAGAAAUGGAAAAUAGCAAACGUAAACUUUUAAUGAUCGUUAAUCCUCAUUCGGUUAGGAGGGUAUUGAAUGAAUUGAAUGAAAACACCUGUCAAAAGGAUCACGAGCCUUUUGUAUCAUACGAAGGCCUUGAGCAACUGCAUCGCUUUAUCUUUGUUAUGGCAAUUACUCACGUCUCUUACAGCUGUUUAACGAUGCUUCUGGCUGUAGUGAAGAUCCACAGUUGGAGGAAAUGGGAAGAUGAGGCUCAAGUGGAUCGGCAUGAUGUGCUAACUGAAAUAUCAAGAAAUGAGACAAUGCGGAGACAGUCAACUAUGGUCAAAUUCCACGCAUCCAAUCCUUUGGUUAGAAAUGGUUGCUUUACUUGGAUGAUAUGUUUCUUUCGGCAAUUUGGGCGUUCUGUUGUUCGUGCAGAUUACCUUACCCUGCGGAAAGCCUUCAUCAUGAACCACCACCUCACGUCAAAAUACGAUUUUCACAGUUAUAUGAUUCGUUCUAUGGAAGAAGAAUUCCAAAGAAUAGUUGGAGUAAGUGGCCCACUUUGGGGCUUUGUUGUGGCUUUUAUGCUCUUUAAUAUCAAAGGAUCAAAUCUUUAUUUCUGGAUCGCCAUUAUCCCGAUCACUCUUGUUCUACUUGUGGGUACAAAACUGCAACAUGUUAUCGCUACUUUGGCACUCGAGAGUGCAGGAAUUACCGGAUAUUUUGCUGAAACAAGGUUAAAGCCUCGAGAUGAACUUUUCUGGUUUAAAAAGCCGGAACUGUUGCUCUCUUUAAUCCAUUUUAUUCUUUUCCAGAACGCAUUUGAGUUAGCUUCGUUCUUUUGGUUUUGGUGGCAAUUCGGCUAUAAUUCUUGUUUUAUCAAGAACCAUAUGCUCGUGUAUAUCCGGCUGAUUUUGGGGUUUGUCGGCCAGUUCUUAUGCAGCUAUAGCACCCUACCACUUUAUGCACUCGUUACCCAGAUGGGUACAAAUUACAAGGCGGCUUUGAUUCCACAGAGAAUAAGAGAUACGAUCCAUGGAUGGGGAAAGGAAGCUAGACGGAGGAGAAGAAGGCUUGGCAUGUAUGGCGAUGAUUCAACCGUUCACACUGACACGAGCACUGUGAUAUCCGUAGAGGAAUUCGACCACCACGAUCUCGAUAGUCCACGGGCCGGAAUGAUGCCUGGUGAGGGUCUUGAAAUCGAGUUACAACCGCGUAGCAUCAUAAUUAACGGUGAUUCCCCUUUUGUUGCUAAUGAAAAUUCAAGUCGGGCCGGUACACCGCUCCUUCGACCUUGCGCCUCCGUGUCUUCUUCGGCUUCCCCAAGCUUUGUGCCAGAAAUUAUCACCAGAUCAUCGUCAUUGCCUUCUCCGCGAGAAUGAAAAAAAUAUCGACAUUUUUAUAGUUUUUUCGUGUUAAUAUGUUGAGGUAGUGAUCGGUUACAAAUCUAUAGGAACGGAAUUAUAUAAUGAUAUUUGAUACUUUACAUGACUGUAAAUGUAGACAUAAACCUCGUUUUACGAUACGAAGAAAACAAUCAAGAUUGGAACUUUCCCCGCUGAAUCGAGGAAAGGCACAAUCUUUUGUGUUGUUUUGCACCAUUUUCGGCUUUUCU